AUGCGGUUUCUGGGCAUUGUGCCCCAGCCUUCUCCAGUGUUUUCUGGCCUCCACUACUUUCCUGAUCAACUGAGUAAUCGGCACUACCGGAAGAAAACCCAGGCUAGCGACUGGCGGUUCUGCCCAUUGCUGCAGCUCUCCCAGCUUCUUUCCCUGCUUUUGCUUUUCCCUUCCCCCGCUCCUAUCCUCCUGCCCUACAACCCGGCCACCGCCCAGCUGAGCCCCUGCGGCUCCACCGCCGCAGAAGGUGCACUGGAGGCCCUGCCCAUUGCCCUCUCCGGGGGAUGCCGAGAAAUCAAUGUGAAUAAACGCUUUUCAGGGCUCUUCAAAGGACUAAAAGCUAAAGGCGACGAUAGAUUCAUUCAACAAGUCCUAGUCGUGCGCCCUGGUGAGGGCCAGACCCUGCUCCACGCGAGGGGCCCCACGAGCCACGCUCACCACCAUUCCUACCCCGGUGGAGCCCCCGUGCGGGACACAGGAUACGAAGACGGCAGCGGAAGCUCCGCAGCGGCCUUAAAGGCGACUGGGCAGGGUGGGCACAGGCUCCCUCACUGGGUGAAGGCGGCACAAAGAACCAUCCUGGGAGUCCACGGGGCGUUCAGCGUCUCUUGGGCCCCCAGGCGGCUCAGAUCCGGGUCGCGGGGCUCAGGUCCGGGUCGCGGGCCGGGGCUUUUCCAGGGGCUUCUGAAGCAGGCGAGGGGCAAGGUCGUCCUGGUUCCAGAAUCUCCCAACCUGCGGGUCUCCGGCGAGACCAACACGAUUCACCGCUCUAAUCUCUCCAGUUUUCCAAUUCCUUGCACAGUUGUACUGUGUGGUGGGCUCUGAGGAUGGAAGGGUUGGGGAGUGUUUGGUGAGUGCACCCUUCCUAUAGCGCCCAGAAGGAGGUAAACUACGUGUCUCUGUGGCACAAUCGGUUAGCGCGUUCGGCUGUUAAUCCAAAGGUUGGUGGUUAGAGCCCACUGA